AGUGGACAGCGCUCUCCACUUUUUCUUUUGUUCUCGACGCGCCCAACGCGGUUUCAUACGAAAGAGCCACACCUCCGUCACCGUCUCAACGCAUAACGCAUAGCCAUUGAUGCGCAAUUGCGGUAGACGCUGACUCCCGCUUUCAACAACAAUCCCUCGAACCGGCAUGCUUGACAUAUAGUCGGCACACGGCACAAUCAUGGACGUCGCAAAGGAGGCCACGCCUCCGCCACCAGAGUCACCCUCGAAGCGGCCAGCAACUGACCCUCCCGAGAACGGCACUCCCGUCAAAAGGCCACGAGGCCGUCCGCGCAAAAUCAGACCUGAGGAGCCCCCGAAGCCCGCAGGAUCCGUUUACGACUUCCCAGACGACAGCAAUGGCCCAGUCGCAUCUAGCACGGAGAUCGUAGUAGUGCCACGGAAACGAGGCCGCCCAAGGAAGAUCAGGCCCGAGGAGCCUUCGAUCGUCGCACAGUCGACCCCUGAUAUCCCAGGCGCCAACAUUGCACAACCCGUCCCGAGCGCGGAGAUUGCAGUGAUUCCGCGAAAGCGAGGCCGCCCUAGAAAGAUCAGACCCGAGGAGCCUCCAACAGUGGCAGCAGCACAGUCAGCCUCCAACCCCCCGGGAGUUAACCCCGAUGGACAACCCAUACCAAGCGCGGAUAUUGCAGUCACGCCUCGGAAACGCGGCCGCCCAAGAAAACACCCCAUUGAGGGAGCGGAGACCCCCAAGACAACGAGGAUAGCGGGCGAUCCCAGUACGCCAUCAGGUCGUAUAGGCUCAAAGACGGCUGCGACACCACAGUGGCGGCGAAACGACCGCUCUGCCAGGAAGAAGAGCGCACGAGCCCUGAUCGAUAGGGUUAUGAACGGGGACAACAGCGAUGAGGAUGCGGACGAAGAGAUAGCGCGAGAGAUCUACGGCUCGAGCGAUGAAGAAGACGGAGAUGGGAUCGACGGCAUCCCUGGGGAGCCUGCGCCCCCUGUCGAAGCAGUGACGCCCACCAAAAGAGGACGGGGCAGGCCUCGAAAGACCGAAAGUCUGCAAACGAGGAAGAAGUCGCCGACUCCGCCGCGCGAUCUCCCUCCGCAUGAGAUGUACUUUGCGCAGAACCGGACUGGCUCGUCCAAGACCUCUCACAAUACGCUGGCCUCGCUAUCACUCCUGACCCACGACGAGUAUUUCUCGAUAUUGCACGAAUUCAAAGACCGCCACGCCGAGGACUCUGAGUUCCUGCAAUCCAUACAUGCCGAGUCAUUCCCUCAGUGGGCAUUCGAAUCGGCCCAAGGGUUCAGCGUCUGCAUAUAUGGCUACGGCUCAAAGCGACCUCUACUCCACCGCUUUGCCAAGUUUCUGCACGACAACACCUCGAACCAUGAAACGGCGCGGAUAGUCAUAGUGAACGGUUACGUACGGAAUACGUCCGUCAGGGAAAUCCUGGGUACCGUGGCGAGUGCAGUCGAUCCCACGUUUAAACUGCCAGCAGGCAAUCCAGCAGCCUUGCUGGAGAGUGUAAAGCAACUUCUAGCGUCCCACGAGACAGAGAUCACGAUCAUACUCAACUCCAUAGACGCCUUGCCAUUGCGGAGGCCAAACUUCCAGCCUGUCUUGGCACACCUGGCUGCACAGCGAAGUGUGCGGUUGGUCUGCUCCGCUGACACCCCCGAUUUCCAGCUUCUGUGGGAUAGCGGAUUGCGGUCAUCGUUCAAUUUUGUGUUCCACGACUGCACGACUUUCGCGCCUUUCACUGCCGAGAUGGAUGUGGUCGACGACGUCCACGAGCUGCUUGGACGCAAGGCAAGGCGGGUUGGCGGUAAGGAAGGUGUCACCUAUGUUCUUCGCAGUCUGCCCGAGAAUGCGAAGAAUCUCUUCAAGCUGCUCGUCGGAGAGGUGCUCAUGGCGAUUGACGAGGAAGGGCUCACGGGCGGGGAGAAUCCGGGUGUCGAGUAUCGUAUGGUGUACAGCAAAGCCGUGGAGGAGUUCAUCUGCAGUUCCGAGAUGGCAUUCCGGACACUACUCAAAGAAUUCCACGAUCACCAGAUCAUUACCAGUCAGAAGGAUGUUCUUGGCGCAGAAAUGCUCAGUCUGCCUUUCCGCAGGGAAGAGCUCGAGGCAAUCCUUGAAGACCUGGUUACGUGACCUCAUGAUCGCGUUUGACAGGAUGAUCACGCACAAUCGCAUACACUGCAUUGAUUCACCUAGAGUCAAGCCCGUUGGAUACUGCCCCAAUGAUGUUUUCACCACAGCUAGCAGGAACGAGCGUUUCAACCAUCGACCUUGUCUC